GUAGUGGUGCCGUGCCGUUGUCCGUUGGUAAACGGUGAACGUGUGCGCGCACGGUGGUGGAGUGUUGUUUACAUUCGAAUUACGCUGUCAAAACACACGGUUCCGCUGCUGCCCGCUGCUAAGCCGAGUUUUUUUUUGCUGAUACUGUGAUAUCCGGUGGAGAAACCGCGACCCGGGGUCCCGGGCCGUCGGUCCAGUGUUAGUCCGCGAGCAACGAUUUCACCGGUGGCGGCAGGCACGCAUUUCUCUGGUCAUCACUCUACCGGUCAGCAGAUCACACUCAGAAAGCCGGACAGUAUCUCGCACGCUGCUCUUACAUUACCCUUGCUGUCUGUGAUAUCUGGAUGUCCGGGAAAGGUUGGAAACAGGCAACGUGACCACGCUCCGGAGAGCUAUGGCUCCCGCUGAAAAUGGUCAGGGUGUGGAGGGAAACUGCAUUAAGCUGGCCGCGAGCCACGCAGACGAACGGAAGAUACUUUCGCACGAUCUGGAAGCCCAACCACUGGCGGCAGGGCCCGACAUCAACAAUGGUGCGUCGAACAGGUCGGACGAUGGGAGUCAAAGUGUUCCCAAAGUGAUCGGUUGGAAGGAAGGCUAUCAGCAGGUGCUGGCCACCUGUCUCGUAAACCUCAUGGUCGUCCAGGCGGGCAUCAACAUGACGUACUCGGCCAUUCUGCUGCCGCAGCUGUCCGAGCCCGACAGCCCGAUACUGAUCGGUCGGAACGAAGCAUCCUGGAUCGCGUCGGUCGUGACGAUCGCCCUGCCGCUCGGGUCGCUCGUGGUGGGCCAGCUGAUGGACCAGUUCGGGCGCAAGAAGGUAUCGUUGGCUACCUGUGUCCCGUUUACGAUUGGCUGGCUGCUGAUUGCCGGGGCGUCGAACGUGAGCAUGAUCUACAUCGCCCGCAUUAUCCUGGGCAGUUCCGGUGGCCUCACCACGGUGGCCCUCGUGUACGUGAGCGAAAUAUCGCACGUCUCGCUGCGCCCGAUGCUGCUCUGCGCCAACAGUGUGUUCGUCUCGUUUGGCAUCCUUCUUACGUGCGUGCUAGCGGUCUUUUUCGACUGGCGUGCCAUAGCGUACAUCUUCGCCGGUUUCUCGAUCGUCACGUUUCUACUGUUGCUCAUGAUCCCAGAGUCUCCUCACUGGCUGAUGACCUUCACGAAGCAGGAUCCGUCGCGAGCGAGGGACGUCUUGAGCUGGCUGUACCGUGAUAAGCAGCUUGCCGAGGAGCAGUACCGACAGAUCGUCUCCAGCUCGAGCCCUCGCCAUCUGUCUGCCACCAAGAAGGCCAGUGUUCUGGGGGCACUCUCGCCCAAGGUGUUCCUGCAGCCGCGAGUUUACCGACCGAUGACGAUACUGCUGCUGGUGUUUCUGUUCCAGCAACUGUCCGGGGCAUACGUGCUGAUCUUCUACGCCCUGAACGUGUUUCAGGAAAUCAACGGUGCUGGUGUCACCGGAGGGACGGAAGGUCAAACGUUCAACCAAUACACCGCCCUGGUCGUGCUGGGACUGAUACGGUUCGUUAUGUCCAUCGUGACGUCCGGCUGUUCACGAAGGUAUGGCCGUCGGCCACUUCUGUGCAUAUCGGGGCUGGCGAUGGGUCUCUGCAUGGCCACUGCGGCUCUGUACAUCGAUUUCAUGCCGACUGCCAUCGACACCGGAAGCUAUGCGCUGCUCGUCUGUGUGCUGGGCUACGUUUGCUUCAGUGCGCUCGGUUAUCUCGUGCUACCGUGGACAAUGAUUGGCGAGCUUCUACCCACGGAUGUUAAGGGUAAGCUGGGUGGUUUCACCGUGUCCGUCGCGUACGUGCUGAUGUUCGGCGUGGUCAAGGUGUUUCCCUACCUGUUGGAGCUCGUUGCGAUUCGCGGGAUCUUCUAUCUGUACGCCGCCACCAGUUUGGCUGGCGCGGCGUACAUCUACUGGUACGUGCCAGAAACGUUCGGUAAAAGUUUUGUCGAAAUCGAGCGACACUUUGCGACGGGUUCCGAUGGCAACCAGCAACAGCAGCAGCACCGGAAGGCUGGCACUGGCGGAAGCGCUACUUAACUUUUGGGAAUUUUAAGACAAGAGAACUUAGGUUAGGGUAGGUUUGCGAUAUAGUUAGGGAUACGGCAGGACGUGUUAGUUAUACUUUAUCAAUAUCGGAUGCCGCAAAUGCACGGCGGACACAGAAAAGUGAGAAAUAAUUCGAAUUAUCGGGACUAGCGGCGGUCGACGAUCGGUAGAAGUUCACCGUUGAAACAGAGCAACAAGUCUUCCAAAGUAAGAUUUUAAGAAAUCGACAACUUAGUACCUUGUAGUGAAGCCAAACCAACGGAGCCAGACGAAGAGGAAGCACCAAACGAUUCAAACGUUAAUUACAAGGCUAUGUCACAUUAGUGUAAGCGAUCGACGGAGGAUUGGUCAUGCCAGAGAAGCAUUGUUUACUACUGUUUUAUGCAAUGCAAUUAGUUUAAGUAAAAUUUCACCACAAAGACAUUAAA